AUGCGUUUCACCUCGUCUUAUGUGCUGCUGGCAGCCCUCACCAGCGGUGCCGUCGCCCGCCAUGGCUACCAGGUCCGCCAUCAAGGCCAUCACCGUCGCCAGGCUGCGGAGGUGGACACCACGACCACUGUGACCACGACGAGCACCAUCACCUACUGCCCGUGUGACGAGUCUACCUCGUCGGCCAUCCAGUCGGCUACCCCGUCGUCUUCGUCCAUCCCGACGUUUACUACGACCGCUAUUGAAUUGACGACCUCUGUUUCCGUGCCUGUCUUGAGCCAAGCGCCUACUUCGACUGAAGUUCCCUCUUCCACCGAGGUGCCCACCUCGACUGAGCAGCAGCAGCACCCCUCCACCAGCACCUCCGGCGCCAGCGCUGACUGGAGCACUGUUCCCUCCAGCGGCGAGUUCUCUACCUCUGGCUUCGGCGCUAGUACCAACUCCAGCGGCUCCGGCGUCAGCUACACCGGUAACGUCGGCAGCCCCUACGGCAGCAACAUCCAGUCUGUCGAGGCCAGCGUCGCCAGCAACUACAAGUAUGUCGUGGAGUUCACUGGCUCCAACACUGACGACUGGUACGUCGUGAUCUGGAACAAGAUCGGCAAAGAUGGCAAGAUGGACGGCUGGUACGGCAACGCCUGCCACGAGUUCUCCCUCGCCGCCGGCGAGACCGUCUACUACGCCUUCGAUACCGACUCGCAAGGUGGCUGGGCCGCCGCCAAGGGCUCCUCCAUCCCCACUGACGACUACGGUGGUUAUGCCGCCACUUGGGGUGAAUUCGACUUUGGAUCUACCACCAACUCUGGCUGGUCUGGCUUCGAUGUCUCGGCCAUCCAAGCUCAGGACGCCGAUCUCACCGUCCAGGGAAUGAAGAUCUGCAGUGUCUACAACGAUGACACUUGCUCGACCAUCACCACUGGUGCGGCCACUGUGGACAACGCCUAUACCAGUGACUUGAAGACUGAGGAUGGUAUUGGCGGUAACCUCAACGCCGGUGCUGUUCGUCUGGCCGUCACCCUCGACUACAGCGGUUAA